GCGCGGCGCAGCUUGCGCACAUCACGUAGCGGUUUCGAUAAUGGCGUCCGUCUCCGAGAUGCGCUCGGCUUCGGAAAAAUGAAGCGCAGAAGAGCUGACUUCCAGUGAUCGACGCGACGCGGGGUUUCCAUUCGCACGCGGACUUUGCCUCACUCGCCGCGCGACAGGUUCAGGUUCCGAUCUCAGUCGCGACGCGCAGCCCGAGAUGAUGAAGCUGAAGUCGAACCAAACGCGCACCUACGAUGGGGACGGGUUCAAGAAGCGGGCCGCCUGCCUGUGCUUCAGGAACGACACCGAGCAGGAGGUGUUGCUGGUGAGCAGCAGCAGAUAUCCGGACAAAUGGAUCGUGCCCGGAGGAGGAAUGGAGCCCGAGGAAGAGCCCAACGUCGCUGCUGCCCGAGAAGUCUGCGAAGAGGCUGGUGUCAAGGGCACUUUAGGAAGACUAGUAGGAAUAUUUGAGAAUCGAGAUAGGAAACACAGAACGUACGUCUACGUUCUCAUCGUAACUGAAGUUCUAGAAGAUUGGGAGGAUUCUGUAAACAUUGGGAGAAAAAGGGAAUGGUUCAAAAUCGAAGAUGCCAUAGAAGUGUUGCAGUGUCACAAACCGGUGCAGGCCACUUACUUCGCGGCCCUACAGGAAGGCUGUCUGAACAGUAACGGGACGCCCCUUGUGGCCACGAUAGGCGGAGACCUGUCGCCCACCUACAGCAUUAAUCAGAGCUCCGUCUCUGACAUCAGAUAACUAAUGCAAAACAUAGACACUCCGGAUGCUCUCACUUUCAUUACCCUAUCCUUCUUUUUCUUUAAAAAAAAACGGCUUGCCAAGGCUUUCGAGCACCGAGAUGGUGGCGCAGACAUCGAGCGCUGGCCGAAUAUUCGAAACUAUUUUGUAAAUGUAAUACUUUUUUGUUGUUGUUGUUGUCGUCGUUUCUGCUUUGUCCCAUCUAAUCCUCCUUUCAUGCGGACUGUUGCAUGAAACCCGCGUCCGCUUCGGCGGCCCAAGUGUGAGAUUUAAACGAACGCGAGAGCUACCUUUUACCGUUGUGGUGUAAAAAUCCACACAUGGCGCGUCGGCACGCGGCUUUCGGUAUUUUUACACGUUCGAUUUCCUCCGCGCGCGUAUGUGUGAACGAUUUUUCUGUCGGCUCUCUUUCGGCGGUUGCGAGAGGAAACGUUUAGUCUUCUGAAUGGUAGAACUGUGAGAAGUUGAUUUUUUUGUUUUUUGCAUGAACACUGGUAUUUAUUUGUCUUACGAGUUUGCGUGAUGCGAUGAACGUUUAACCUGUACUUACCCUUUUUCUGUCUUGCCAUCUUGUAAAUAACUUGUGGGCCUGCAAAAACGUAUUUAAUUUAUACUAGUACCUGAUUAGACUGGAGCGCAUUUCUACAAGCGCACACCUUUUUUUUCCCCCAAGCCGCUGAGGCUUGAAGGACUUUAAAUUUAUUAUUCCAAACCUUACAAUGAAUCCUGUGUGUGAUUUUGUGCCGUUAGCAAGCACCAAUUCGUUCGGACGUUAUUUCUGUUGUUCCGGUUGGUGAUGCAUAAACGAAACAGACUGUGUAUGAUUUGGCAGGUCGUUGUUGUGCUGUGAUGGUUUUCUGUAGCACUUUUUAAAAUCAACAUGAAAACAAAACGGACUCAAUUUGCUUUUGAAAUAUUUUCCUGGUUUCGUCGGCACACCGUAUUGUGCAAACGCAAUCCCAUUCUGGUAUGAAACGGCCACUUUUCAUGAUGCACUCACUUCCAGACGGAUUGAAGACUCAUUUCAUUUGUUCCUCACAAUACGUUAUGCAUUUUACAGACGUUAAAACGGGUUGCACGUACCAUGUUGAUUUUAAGCAGUGCCACGGUAGAUAGAUUGCACGGUUAAAUCAAAAAGGAAAUCAAUUUCACUUCGAUUUUCAAAGCAAUCUGCUGAAAAAAAAAACUAUCACUAUUAUGUUUCCUGGCAGAUUCAAAAAUCUUCAUGAACAACCUGAAAUCACGAUGGCUUUUUACUUUCUCAAGGUGUUAUAGAGCAUGAUUCAUUUCAGUUCAAUAAUGAGUUGAACUUCAAUUGAAAUUAAACCACUUUUUGUUCUCUUAGGGAACUUACUGAAAUAUAUCAGAAUAGUUCACCCCAAAUAAUCGGCCAUUAUUUACUUCUCCUCAAAUUGUCUGUAUGAGCUCCUUUUUUUCCAUUGAGCACAAAAGAUAAAGUAUUUGGAAGAAUACCGUAAACUAAACAAUUGACGGUAGCCAUUGCCUUAUAUGGGAUUUUAAAAAUAUGUAAUUACGGAAGUCAAUAGACCAUCAGCUAAUUAUUCUAUUGUUGUGCUCAACAGCAGAUAAAAUCUCAUACAGGUGACUGAAUUUUAUUUUUCUGAUUUAAAUAGACCCUCUAAAGUAGAAUGGGUUUCAUUUGAGCUGUUAGCAGAUGUUUACAUUUCGUUAAUACCAUAACGACUCUCGAAUGACAACUAAAGAGCUAUAUCUGUGGAUGUUUAUAUAGCUUUUUUUGCACAAAGCUAGCUCUAGUCUGCUCUAGGAGAGUUUUCACUACUUUUUUAUGCUUCAUCUUCCCUUAGUAUACUAUUAAUAUUCUUCCGACGGUCGCUGAAGGCGUUUUCUGUACUUCAGGUCCUGCCGAUUUGGUGGUUCUGACCUCUCGGCCUUUUUAGAAACGACCAUAUCAUCAUCUACGACUCGUUUAAACAUUUCUUUUGAUAUGUCUUGGAAGCCGAACUGUGCGCGCAAUACUGUGAAUCUUGAGCCACUGUAGUUAGCGAGGCGUUUUGGUGUCUUUCAAUCGCUCUUGUACAGAUCAAACCAUCAAAUUCCAGCGCUCGUCAUUGUUAUGUAUAGAUAUGGUACACGCUAGGUCGGGCGAUUUUAAUUUUCUCAAGACUGAACCGUGUUUUGCUCCUCUGGGAGUUUUAAGUGCAUUUACGAUGCAAGAUCCUUAUGAAGUACAAUUCAGAUUUCUUUUUAUUGUCAGAUCGCAAGAUGAGCGAUGAUGAACCCAAGAUCUAAAUCGUGAAUGAACAUAGGUUUAUCAGUGAUUUGUUUACAUGCCUUUAAUAUCCGUCAACACUAACGUCAUUGAUUUUGCAGCUGAUGGCAAGUUUUCUCUUUCACUUUUAGUGUAGCAUGCAAUAGCAAAUCUGGUCCGUUUUCCUGAUUGAUGAUGAUGGCCAUGCUAACGUACCCUUCUUUCAGCGGCAUAUUAAAAACUUUUUGACUCGUGUAGUAAGUGGAAGUGGCUUUGGCUGGGUCUGUGGCCGAUCGUUGCUGUGAAUGACCUUCUCGAGCAAAGCGGUCUCCUACAAAACAAGGACGUGAAAUCUGAACUGCUGCAUUUGAAGUAGAUCACGGACCACGUGAAAUACUCGAACAUCUCACGGAAAAGCACCUUAAAUUUGCCCUGCUUGUGACUCUGAAUGUAAACUUGGGUAAAAGGCUCAGCCUGUUGCAGUUGGUUUAAAUGGGAAGCUGGAACUGUGACUGAAAUCUCUCAACGCUCAGAAUCAAAAGCUGUGAGACUAGUUCCACAGCUGUACCCUUCACUGGAAUAUUUUGCUCUUUCAUUUUGGGAUUGUGAAAUCAACCAGUUCAAGAAUGUAAUAUAAAUGUGCCAACUAAUAAACACCAGUAUUUCA